UGGAUCAAAUUACUUUGGGCGAUUUUGCAGUGUCCUUUGCAGUUGGGAAACUGAAGAAAGCUGUACGAAAAUGGUAUUCUGCCCCCCAGACCCAGUUGGAUGCAACUGCAUUGCUGGUUACGGAGGACUUGACUGUUCACAAACAUGUCGCACUGGAUGGUAUGGUGCCAGUUGUCAACAAAUGUGUCACUGCAAUGUUACAUAUUGUGAUCGAAAAUAUGGAUGCAUUAAUGAUUUGUGUUGGGACGGUUACACGGGACCACAAUGCCAAGUACUAUCAUCAGACAAAUCCUGUCCGUCUGGUUUCUUUGGUAAACUCUGUAACUACCCAUGUCACUGUUCGAGCGGAGACGAUUGUAACAGAGAUGAUGGCAGCUGUAUAAAUGGGUGCAAUGAAUCAUGGGCUGGCUCAAACUGUAGCAUAGCUUUACCAUACUUAAAUACGCCGCCCAUCGCUACUGCAUAUACAAGUGCUAUAUCGGUUGAUGUUACCUGGACACUAGGUAGACACUACGGUACAGGAACAAUAACAUCCUGGACCCUUUGGUACAAAAAAGCAGGUAGCAGUGAAUUCACGUCAAUAUAUUCCAGCACACCUGACAUCAUCAAUAUUACUGAACUGAAUCUUCAUGAAACUGUAACAUAUUACAGUAUUCUUUCACGAUCCAUUGAAGGUGUUAAUACAGCUGGACCGGCAAGUCCACAAGGAAUAAUUCAAACCACUUGUUUAGAUUCAGAGCCACUAUCGCCGUCACCGCCAACAAUUAAAUCUGUGUCUAGAAAUUAUAUAGAAAUUCAGUGGGAGGUAAGCUGUAAAUUGUAA